CCAGUAUUUCUGGUUAUGCGCUGUUGUGUAUGUUUAUUCCAGCAAAGCCUGCAGUGUUCACCAUCCAAGAUGGCUGCGGGUGAAAGCAAUAGCCGAUCCUCGUGUCUAAACUUGUCGAAUUCGGGGCCGCUCGGCAAUGCACCGCCGAGCAACAGUGCCCAUUCCUCGCCCGCGAGCAACAGGGGAGCCGGGGGUGCAGCCGGGGGGAUCAACCGGAGCGCGGGGAAUUCGAACCCUCAGUCGGGCCCGGAGAACGGCGGAGGCACCGAGUCUGCGGUGAGAAGCACGCCGAGCGCGCACAACCCUCCCCGGCAGACGGUCGGCCAGAGCGGAGCCUCUUCAGGCGCUGCGUCAAACAUGACGGCGACAUCUUCAUCAUCAUCAUCAUCCUCCUCAUCCUCAUCCGCGUCUACCGCAUCUUCCUCCGCCGAUGCGUCCGCCGCCGCCGCCGUCUCCUCGCUUCCCAGCAGCCCGGCUUCGGUUUUGGUUUAUCGAGAGCCGGUCUACAACUGGCAAGCGACAAAAAGUACAGUGAAAGAAAGGUUUGCAUUUUUGUUUAACAACGAAGUGCUAAGUGACGUCCAUUUUUUGGUUGGGAAGGGAAUGGGAGUGCAGCGCAUUCCAGCGCACAGAUUUGCUCUCGCUGUGGGAAGUGCCGUGUUUGAUGCCAUGUUCAACGGUGGCAUGGCAACAACGUCGACCGAAAUUGAACUGCCAGAUGUGGAACCGGCUGCAUUUCUAGCCCUUCUCAAAUUUUUAUACUCAGAUGAAGUGCAAAUUGGACCAGAGACCGUUAUGACCACAUUAUACACAGCCAAAAAGUAUGCAGUACCUGCGCUUGAGGCCCACUGCGUUGAAUUCUUGAAGAAAAACCUACGUGCUGACAACGCAUUUAUGUUGCUUACCCAGGCACGGCUUUUUGAUGAGCCCCAGCUGGCAAGUCUCUGCUUAGAAAAUAUCGACAAGAACACAGCUGAUGCACUCGCUGCUGAGGGCUUCACGGAUGUUGACCUUGAUACCCUCGCGGCAGUCCUGGAGAGAGACACGCUGGGUGUACGGGAAGUCCGUCUCUUCGGAGCUGCUGUUCGUUGGGCAGAAGCUGAGGCCCAAAGGCAACAAUUACAGCCUACGCCGGAGAACAAGCGAAGAGUGUUGGGGAAAGCACUUGCCCUUAUUCGCUUUCCACUCAUGACAAUUGAAGAGUUUGCAGCAGGUCCAGCUCAAUCUGGUAUACUCACAGACCGGGAGGUGGUCAGUCUGUUCCUGCAUUUUACCGUCAAUCCGAAACCACAUGUGGAGUUUAUUGACCGGCCCCGCUGUUGCCUCCGGGGGAAAGAGUGCAGCAUCACGCGUUUCAGUCAGGUGGAGAGCCGCUGGGGCUACAGUGGAACCAGUGACCGUAUCCGGUUUUCUGUGAACCGCAGAAUAUUUGUAGUGGGAUUUGGACUUUAUGGCUCUAUACAUGGUCCAACUGACUAUCAGGUCAACAUCCAGAUCAUACACACAGACAGUAACACAGUUCUUGGACAAAACGAUACAGGCUUCAGUUGUGAUGGAACAGCCAGCACAUUCAGAGUGAUGUUCAAGGAGCCAGUGGAAAUUCUUCCAAGUGUCAAUUACAUUGCCUGCGCCACCCUGAAGGGACCAGACUCUCAUUAUGGAACCAAGGGGAUGCGUAAAGUCACCCAUGAAGCCCCUGCAACUGGUACCAAGACCUGCUUUACAUUCUGCUAUGCUGCAGGCAACAACAACGGCACUUCUGUAGAAGAUGGACAAAUCCCAGAGGUCAUCUUCUACACAUAAUGACCGAGCAGAGUCAUCAAACAAUGAGGACUCUUACAUUGCAUUUUGUGGCCAAUUCGCCAGUCUCGGUGUGUAGACUGGUGACCAAAUACUGAUCUCUCAUUUCUAAAGGCUUUCAUUGUUAAGCAUGAGAAUUCAGUUCUUUCGAAGUGUACUUAGGGUACAGUCAGAUUUUGUUUCUACCCAAGUAGCACCUUGUAGUACCACCUCGAAGUCACAACCAGCCAAUGUCAUUGCUCAGUAAUGAACUCAUUUCAGAGAUCUACUACAGGUACAGCACAGGAACUCUUAACAGAUUGAUGGUAACUUCCAUUUGUCCAUUUAUUUGAAUAUGGAAUGCUGGUGAUUCUUUGGUCCCACGUUUGACCCUUGAUUGUUUAAUGCUGACGAUCAGUCCUUCAAAUGGCAUAGAUGCACUUCAGCCCUAGGCAAAACAGCGAGUUUGGAGAAAGUACACUACAUAUUGAUUAAGACAUAAUUUCCAUUGUAAAACAAGACUGUUAUGUACCCAUUGGAGUGGCCUGCACCCCUUGUUAGAGGUGAAACUCGAUUUCUUUGAAAGCAAUGUGAAUGGUAUACGUGUAUAAGGUGCGGUUUUACUUUAGCUGCCCUCCUUGUUGAUGGCGAUUAAACUACAAGAGCACUUGCAUUUACAAUGCCACUAUGUAAAAAAAAAAAAAAGCUCCAAAGUUUUGACUGCAGUGAAUUACUGAACACAUUUCUGUUACCGAUUAUGAAUAUUUCUGUUUUUUUGAGAUGUUGAUAUAAGGAAGACGAACAGGAAAAACAGCUUCAUGAAUGUACCAAUGCUUACCUUGUAAGCACUGUAAAUAUAAUGUCCUUGUCUUGUUUCUGUAUGUUUAAUUAAAGUCUGCACCCCUG